AUGUGCAACUGUGCAAGCAAUGGAGUAACUAGGAUUGCGAACGGUGAACAAUUUGACCAAGCUUACUAUCCCUAUGUGGUCGGAUUAAAAAUCCAAAUUGUUGAUGAAGAAACAUACUGCACCGGUACUUUGGUGUCACCGAAAUUUGUGUUAACAGCUGCUCAUUGUAUUGAGAAUGCAAAUUCCGUAGAGGUGUAUCAAACCGAUCCGCGAAAUGAGACUGGUGAAAAAAGAGAAGUUAUUGAAUUAUUUAUACAUUCAUUAUACAACGAUACAAGUUUAGUUGCUGAUUUGUGUUUGUUAAAGAUAAGCAAACCAUUUAAAAACAUUACUAGUUACGCAAUUCUUUCCGGAAACCCUGAGGUCUUUGUAAAUAAAACCUCGUUGAAAUGUUUUAUAUUUGGUUGGGGUAAAAACAAAGUUGGUUACCCAAAACAUAGAGCGAAUGUUGCUUCAGUUUGGGUAAAGUAUGGGCCUGAUGCCUGUGAAGUACCGCCAGACAAUUACUAUAUAGCGAAUAUUGUUAAAAGUACGUGGAAAUAUUUUUUGUGUCCAGUACCCAAUAACCGUAUGGUAUGCAUUGGAGAUAGUGGAGGUGCUUUAAUGUGCCAAGGAUUCCUAUUCGGUAUUACCAGUCACGGUUAUAACUACUAUCCCGGAAUGGCCCAUUUAAAAACGGAAUGCGGCGAUAGUCGUGUUCAAACUAGACAUAUAUUCAUCUACGCUUAUCGGAACUGGAUUGAUGAUAUUAUGCAUGGAAAAUCUAGUAAAUUGAAGUUCAACCGCUUAAUGUUUGUUCUGAUUAGUAUUGUUAGGUUUGUAAUGCCGAUAUACAAAUAG